AAGUAAUGCAAGCCAUUCACAGAGAACUCAAACACUUCUUCCACACACAAGCUCUUCUUGCAUUCUUUGGCAUCGUUCUCUGAGCAAUUCAUCUCAAAAAGCAAUGGGCUUUCGCUUACCCGGUAUUAGAAGAUCAUCUUUUGCUGUUACCAAAGCAGCUUCCAAGAGUGUGGAGGUUCCAAAAGGCUAUCUUGCAGUCUAUGUUGGAGAGAAAAUGAAGCGGUUCUUCAUUCCCAUUUCGUACUUGAAUCAACCUUUAUUUCAAGAAUUAUUGAGCCAAGCUGAGGAAGAAUUCGGGUAUGAACAUCCAAUGGGUGGUAUCACAAUUCCUUGCAGGGAAGAGGCUUUCUUAGAUCUCACUUCUCGUUUGAAUAGGCUAUAAAUCAUGUUGGAGGAGAGUGACAUAGAUUAGUUGAGAAAAAGUGUACAGAAAGAAGAAAAUUUUAUUCAUUUAUUAUCCUUAUUUUGUAAGUGGAAAAAACCAUGCAAGUGUGGUAGUUAUUAAC